AUGUUUGGUGGUAAGCUAAAUCCUUCUCUGCUUGAUUUGAAACAUUUGAAUUACUUUGACCUUAGCUUCAAUAAUUUCUUUGCUUCUCCUAUUCCCUCCUUUCUCGGUUCAGUGAAGAAUUUAACAUCUCUUAAUCUCUCUAAUGCGAGAUUUGUGGGACUCAUUCCUCAUCAACUUGGAAAUCUCUCCAAUUUGCACUAUCUCAAUCUUGAAGGCUAUUAUUUACAUGUGAAUAACCUUGAAUGGCUUUCUGGUCUUCCUUUGCUACAACAUCUCGAUAAGAGUUCUGUUAAUCUUAGCAAAGCCUCUGAUUGGCUUCAACUCACAUACACACUCCCUUCUUUGUUAGAGUUGCGGUUGUCAUAUAAUUGCCAGCUUCCUCUCAUUCCACCAACACCCACUGUUAACUUUUCAUCUCUUCUUGUUGAUGUCCACAACAUGACUUCUCUUAGGCACCUCGAUCUAUUUGGAAACAAUUUCAACUCUUCAAUUCCCAAUUGGUUGUAUAGUUUUAGUCGUCUUGAGUUUCUCAACCUUGGCUACAAUAAUUUGCAGGGUACAAUCUCCAGUGCCAUUGGAAACCUAACAUCUGCCAUUAGUAUUGACUUAUCAUCCAAUGAACUUGGAGGAAAGUUGUCAAGAUCGUUGGGUAAUCUCUAUAACUUAAGGGAAAUCAGUUUGUCAUACAACAAAUGGAGUCAAGAGAUAUUUGAAAUCUUAGAAAGUUUAUCAGGGUGUCUUUCAGAUGGACUAGAGAUCUUAGACUUAAGUCAUUCUCAACUUCAUGGUCAUUUGACGGAUGAACUUGGGGUAUUUAAAAAUCUAGUCGAACUUUUUACUGGGUCUAAUUCAAUAUCUGGUCCAAUUCCAGUUUCUUUAGGAAUCCUAUCAUCUUUGACAUACCUGGAUCUUUUGUAUAAUCAAUUUAAUGAAACUCUCCCUCAAAAUUUUGGGCAGCUUUCCAAACUAGAGACUUUACUUAUUGAAUCAAAUAUGUUGGAAGGUGUUGUGUCCGAAGUUCAUUUUUCCAAUUUAACAAGUUUGAUCAAUCUUUAUGCAUCUAGAAACAAACUGACUUUAGAAGUAAGUUACAAUUGGAAUCCUCCUUUUCAGCUUGUGUCUUUAAGCUUUCAAUCAUGGAAUUUGGGACCAAAUUUUCCCGCAUGGCUUUGUUCACAAAGACAUCUUCAGCGUUUGGACAUAUCCAAUGCAAGGAUUUUUGGUGUUGUUCCUCCUCCUUUUUGA